AAAAGCGUUUGCAAGCCGCGGGGGGAGGGGGGGGGAGCAACACCCCGACAAAUCGCUCCUCGGGGAUGGAGCCGGGCUGCUCCAGCCCCGGGGAAGUGGCUGCACCCAGCUGGCCCCCCUCUGCCUUCCUCCCCGGGAAGAGGAGGGUGGGAGGAGCAGCAGAAGGGAUGCGAAAGGGGAGAUCCGAGGAAACCUGCGGCCGCUUGGUCAGAGACGGGGACCCCGGCGCGCAGGAAGGGGGCAGGAAAAGCGCGGAGGGGCCGUCACCCGCGGGGAGCCCGAGCGCGCCCCGCCGCCCCCCCCGGGGGGUGCCCGCCCGCCAGGCGCGGCGGGCGAGGAUGGGGUAAGGGGCGUGGGUGCGUCCGGAUGGGUCCCGCAGCGGCAGCCCCCCCGGCGCGGCGCUGAGCCCGAGGAGAAGGCAGGAGACAGGGACCACCCCGAGCUCCCUGCGCGGGUCCCGGGCCGCCAGGGGAGGGAGAAGCCGGGACAGAGCUGCGCCCCUCGCCUUGUUUAGGGGCGCAGCCCGCCCGCCCCCCCGAUUGCCGGGGCGCAGUGCCCCCUGCCCCAGGGCCGCAUCCCCCCGCGCCUGCCCAUGCGGCGCGCUGCUGCCCCGGGAAGGGCGCGGUAGCUCCCCGCGAUGGAAGUUUUCCUCUGCCCCGCCUGUCGGUUUGUCCUGUGGGACCCGGUGACCGUCUCCUGCGGCCACUCCUUCUGCAAGCGGUGCCUGGGCGGCGCGCUGCCCUCCCGCUGCCUCGUGUGCCGGGGGAGGCUGAAACUCCUGGGCUCGAGGGCUGUUCACUGCAACGUCCUGCUGGGCGGCCUGCUGGAGAAGUGCCUGGACCGGGACACCAAGCUGGCCCGGCUGCAAAGCCACCUGCAAGAUCUGCUCAGGAGCCGAGACUACAGGGCCGCUCUGAGGACAACCCAGAAGGGGCUGGAACUGGCUCCUGAUGAUGUUUCGCUGAGGCUGUGCCGGUCGGAGGUGUAUGUGGCCCUGCAGCAGUAUUCAGAGGCACUGGAGGAUUUGGAGGUGGUGUACCGGAGUGAGCCAGAAGAGUUUGAGGGCUAUUUCAGGAAAGGAAAGGUGCUGCUGGAGAUGGGGCAGAAGUCUGAAGCCUUGCUGCAGUUCCACCAUUGCCUUACACUGAAUCCCAGCUUCCCUGCCGCUCAGCAUGAGAUGGAAAAGCUCCUCACGCAGGAUGGCUCCCCGCUGCCCGGCACUGUUGUGGAACUACUGAGUGCUGCCAGCUUGGACUUUAAAAGCUCCAGCUCAGGGAAGGAAGGAGCAGGCCCUCUGCUAAGGCCCUCUGCGGCAGGAGAGUACGGGCAGGAUCCAGAGAGAGAGACGGAGGAUGGGAAGGGGGAAGCUUUGUCUGAACUUAGCCAGUUGGAGCCUCGAAUUCCCCAGCAGCCUGCCUGGUGGCUGAGGAGAAGGAAAGACUCAGGGACUUCGGCAGAGAGGCAAGAGGGGAGAUCAUUAGGUAUCGGGGAGGAAACAGCAGCAAAAUCUAGCCAUCGCCUCGAGCCAGAGCUAAGGGACUUACUGAGCGUGUCUGACCUGGAGUGCUCCCUCUGCAUACGGAUGUUCUUUGAGCCAGUGACCACGCCCUGCGGCCACACCUUCUGCAAGGAGUGCCUGGAGCGCUGUCUGGACCACAGGCCCAACUGCCCACUCUGCAAACAGAGCCUGAGAGAGUAUUUGAAGGCUGGGAAGUACAACCCCACCGUGCUGCUGGUGGAGAUCAUGGCGGCCACCUUUCCCUCGCAGCUGGCAGACAGGAAACGGGUGCAUGAGGCUGAGAUGGCAGAGCUCGCAAACCUGACCAAGAACAUCCCCAUCUUUGUGUGCACCAUGUCUUUCCCGGGCAUCUCGUGCCCGCUGCACGUCUUCGAACCUCGCUACCGUCUCAUGAUGCGGAGGUGCCAGGAGACCGGCACGAAGAUGUUUGGCAUGUGUAUGUAUGAGAGUGGGAAGAGUUUUGCGGACUACGGCUGCAUGUUGGAGAUUCAGCACAUGGAGUUCUUGGCCGACGGGCGAUCCCUGGUGGACACGAUAGGAAGGCAUCGGUUCCGGGUGCUGAGGCGGGGACACAGGGACGGUUACAACACUGCUGAUAUCGAGUACCUGGAGGAUGAGAAGGUGGAAGGGGAAGAGCUGGCCGAGCUGCAGCGUCUGAACGAGUGCACCUACCAGCAGGCGCAGAAGUUUUGUGAACACGGGGAUGCCACCUUGAGACAGAUUCUGAUGCACCGCGGCCCCCUGCCUGAGAAGGAAGAGGACAUCCAGAAUCGAACGCACCAAGCAGAAGUCCUCCAUUAUGAAAUAAAAGGCCCAGACGUCCAGGGCAGGAGCAGCAGAAGGCGCUGCAGGUUGAGAGUGAGGUGCCUUGGUGGAGCAGUAUGUGGGGAGCCCAGGACUGGACCAUCAGGGCUUUCUGCAGGCCACGCCAUGGCCACCAAAGAUGGACCAGCUUGGUGUUGGUGGCUUAUUUCCAUCUUGCCCCUGGACCCAUCUGACCAGCUCCGUCUCUUUGCCACUACCUCGCUGCGGGCCCGCCUCACUCAGCUGAAGCACAUCCUGACCGGCAUCCUGCAGCACCGCGAUUACGGCCACCAACUCGCAGACCUCCGCCCGAGAGGCAGGAUCUAAAAUCUGGGGCGUUGCCGGUGCCUUGGCCAACUUGCUCAGCACUUUCUUUGGGAGGGCCAGGGAUGGAGAUGUCACCUGUUUUAUUUCUGUGUUUGGCUUCCAUGUUUUUAUUGUCUUUUCAUCCUCACACCGACCAUAGCAACCGGCCGCGCGCAAGCCUCUCCGGCAAACAGAGCUGGCAAGGGCAUGCAGUGGCAGUUAGAGUCCUUGAUCCAUUAGUGAUACCACGCCGUCCGUGCAGUCUUGAUAAGCUGCUUAGGAGAUUUAGGAGCAUCUCACUAGGUCUAAAGAAGGCAGCAAGAUUGAAGGUAGGGCCAGGCUAAGGACACUGGCUUGCCUCUAUGAGCCAAAGCCACAUGCCAGGCUAUUUUGGUAUCGAGAAAUCUCACUCAAGGGCAGCCAGAGAUGAAUACCAGGUGUCGCAUUGUUUUGGGCUCUUCCACGAUCAGGGUCACUAGCGUUUGCUAGUUUGUCCCAGUCUCUGUACGCUAGGUGAGGAAAAGGGGUUUUAAAUGAUGGAAGAGUUGUAACGGGAGGGGGGAGGUUUCAGUAGCUUCCCGUGAGUUAGAGUUGCUGUCUUUAAUCAUGAGUUUGAUCUGAUAGUCCAUAAAAAAAAAAACGAGUUAAGUUAAAUUAAUUAAAUUAAAUGAAAUAAUCUGAUCUUCUCAGGUCAGCUUCUAACAGCUGCUUACGUCCAAAAAUCCCGAAAGAGAAGUUGCUAUUUUAAUAUACCCAGUUCAGUAUGUUCCCGUCUUUCAGGUUUGCUUCCUUCUCUGCUUUCUUUUGGGUGUCUGAAUGUGCAGGAAGCUUCUGCCCCAUAUUCAGUCUGGCAAUGCUAAGAGAUGUUGCUGCGUUGCUCUCCGAACGGUCAGCCACCUGUUUCUCAUGGACUCAGAGACUUUAAGGCCAGAUGGGACCGUUGUGAUCGUCUGACCUCCUGCACGUUGCAGGCCAUAGACCCUCAACCACCAACUCCUGUCACACAUAACCUCUGGCUGAGUUAUUGACGUCCUCAAAUCAUGGUUUAAAGGCUUCAAGUUUCAGAGAAUCCACCAUUUACAGUAGGUUAAACCUGCAAGUGAUCCCUGCCCCAUGCUGCAGAGGAAGGCAAAAAACCUCCCGGGGUCUCUGCCAAUCUGACCCGGGGGAAAAUUCUUUUCCAACACCAACAAUGGCCCUCAGUUAGACCCUGAGCAUGUAGGUGAGACCCACCAGCAGACACCUGGGAAAGAAUUCUUUAUAAUAACUCAGAGACCUUCCCUUGUAGUUUAUAUCUUCUGCAAGAGGAAUGCCGUGGAAUGAGGAAGGCAGGGAGAGUUUGCUUAGAUUAGAGGUGUGCCAAAGAGGCCGUGGUUGGAUCUGGAUUGAGUUUAAAACGGGAUUCUGCUUCUGGGCAGCUCAUUAAGCUGUGGGUUUGCAGGCAAAAUCUCAGGCAAUUUGGCCCACAAAUGAUUUUAUGAGAUUUCCGACAUCUUGGGUGAUGGAAAUCUUGUGAGAUCAGCAUUUCUCGUGAUAUUUCUGCCAUUUUGGGCUGAAAGCUUUUGUCCUGAGAUUUUGGCUGCAGUUUGAACCGAGAUCAGAAGAUGAGGCCCUUCCAGUUUUGGAUGCAACCUUCAGAUGAAACUGAUAGAGACAGGUUUGGGUCUGGGGCUUCAAAUCUAAAUGUCCAUACAUUCAAAAUGGUUCGGAUGAGUGGAUCUGGGAUUCUUCUGGCUAUUGAUGGGCCUGUGAUGCUAAGGUUGAGCUGAAUCUAAACUUCUCCAUAGCAGGAGAGCAAGAGUCGGAGUGCCACUAACUAGUUUCCCCUUGUCACUUAAUACAAUGGAAUGAGAUGAAAGGUGGAGGAAAUGAGGGUGAGCUAGGACUUUGUGACUGCUUUUCUGCAGAUUAUCUAGACUUGGUAGUUUUCUCUCCCAACAACAAGAUUAUUUCUAUGGGGUUGGGUUUAAUUUUAUUUAGUUCUUUAUUUAAAAAAUAAUCAGUUAGUCGCUGGGUUACAGAUUUGCCAGGAUCUUAGCCCUGCCUGUCCUAUCUGCCCCAACUCCCAUCGGGAGGCUCCAUGUGCUAUUGGGAGAGGCCAGUCUAGGCCAUGCUGGAGCAAGGUGGAGGAGCUCUUCCUCUCUUUUUGUGUCUUUUUGCACCACAUCCUCAGCUACUCCCAUUUACACCAGCAGAAUAUCUGGCGUAUGAGCUUGGAUCUAGAAUGGUUCAGGUGAUCAUCUCUCACCAUGUUCGGUAUUAUUUGUACCAGGUAGGAAAGGAUUGAAAAUCUCCAGCCCCCCUGCAUGCUCCACCCUGAUCCCCUCAGCUAGUUCAGGCACCUCUGCUCACCCCCACCACCCUUCCUCCCCCACCCCUCCAGCAUUGGAGGUUUGAUUCCCUGCUUCCUAACAAAGUGCCUUGCUUGCGGGUGACAAUCCAGAUUAACUGAGACCUGCAGUUCCUGAGAAGCUAAAGACAGAAUGGGGUGGCUGGUAAGGAUGGGUCAAAGCUGGAUUUUUGUCUUCACCCCUGGACUCGGCCUUUCCCUUUCCUGCUUUGCACCUGUUACUACAGCACUGGACCCCCGGUGAUCCCCAAAGGCGACCGUAGUGGUGGGACAACUGGGUGUGAGGGGCUCUGGCUGCCUGGCCUGUGUGGGAACCCCCGGAGUUUUGGGUAGGGCGACAGCCGGGGUGUCCAUACAGAGGGGCUGCAGUGUAUUACAGAAGGGAUUGACUGCUGCUAGGAAUGGAAAUACGAAGGGGGUUUGAAAGCCAAUGACAAACGCACAGUUUUCUCUCCACUGAACUUCGGGAAGUGCCUCUAUUUUAUUUGUGGUGGGCGCAAUCGGUUCGCCAAGCUGAUCAGAAGGCCUGCAGAUUCGGCGGGCUGCAGAUUCGACUGGCCAACAUUGUUCACCCUACACCUUGUUCAUCCCCCGGGACCCACCCGGUUUGCUGUUAUGCCUAUUCUGACAGCACAGGUAAGAUGUGAUGGGGGCAGUGUCUGGAAGUUGCUGCUAAGACUUUCCCAUUUAGCAGUAGUGAUCUAGCUUAGCAAUUGGCAAGCCCCAUGGCGGGUGACCACCGGAGCCACUUCUCCUUCCACGGCCGCGUCUGGUAGAGACUCGCUGGAAUUGCUCCAGUUUGCUUGGAUUUUUAUGAGCAGGUUUUUCCUCUUUGAACAAAACUCUCUGUAUUGUCAAAGAAAUAAAGGAGAAUGUUUUGUGUUGUGCCUGUUUGAACACUGA